AGCCAGGGCUGGUUCCAUUAGCACUGGACACGUUAGCAUCGCCUGCUCACUCCGGGCCAGGUGCGUUAGAGCCAUGACUUCCAGGAGGACGGGCUACGCGGGCAGCAUGGACUCCUCUCCAUCCAACAGCGGCUCCAUCCACACCGGGAACCGGAAGCAGAGCAUCAUCAACAACCUCCCCGGCAGGACCGACUCCUGCUACGAUCGCAAACCGGACAAGGCUGCGUACGGGGCCGGGCAGGGCAGCGUGACCGUCACGUCGCUCAAGUCCCGGCUGGCCCCGACCAUCCAGAGCGCCAUGUCCGCCGCGGUGGACACGCUGCUGGGCGAGGUGGUGCUGGUGCUCAACGAGACCCAGCAGGAGCUGCUGAGCAAGGAGCAGGAGAACGAGAGGCUGAAGGUGCGACUGGAGGUGUCCGAGCGGGAGCUGAAGAGCCUGCAGGAGUGUCUGAGCAGCGCCCAGAAGCUCAUCGACCAGCUGCAGAUCUCCUACGGGGGGGGCCCGCAGUCCGUGUUCGCCCCGUCUCUGUCCUCCAUGGCUUCCCUGACCUCAGGUCUGGACCGGGACCACCAGAACCCCCGGAACGUGAACGGAGCCGGCGUGGACCUGGGUCUCGGGGGCUCUGUGGACGAGUCGCUUCACGGGUUCGAGCCCAGAGACGACUACAAGAUGUGCCAGCUGUCCAUCCAGCCGGACGGCUCCGUGACCAACCACGCUCUGGACUCCUUCACCUCCAACGCGUCUCACAUGUGCUCCGACUCCAGCCGGCCAGACGAGAGGCAGUCUCAGGGACCAUCCAGGUUUGAGAUCAAAGAGGAACAGGGACUGGUUCCAGGCUCCGGUCAGCCCGGCCGGAAGGAUUCGGACGACGGAGAUCGGUCGUCCCACAACGUCGGUGACCUCAACUACGUCCAGGUGGGGGAGGGAGGUCCUCAGCGUUCAUUCACUCACCCCCUGCGGCACCAGAGGCCCGGGCGAGAGUGCAACGACGCCUUGCAGCAGGGCGGAGUCGAUGGACACAAAGCUCUGGUCAGGACUCCCGGGAGAGGAGACAGCGUUUCGCCCGGCCGAGCCGAUGACUCAGCAGGACCUUCAGCCCCGGACACAGUGGUGGAUCCCGCUCUGGAUCGGCCUCACCACUGUCUGGAGUGUGGAAAGACCUUCCGCCUGAUCUCCAGCCUGAAGAAGCACAUCCGCAUCCACACGGGAGAGAAGCCGUACCCGUGCGGGGUGUGCGGCCGCCGCUUCCGCGAGUCGGGCGCCCUCAAAACUCACCUGCGCAUCCACACGGGCGAGAAGCCGUACUCCUGCUCCGAGUGCGGGAACUGCUUCCGCCACUUGGACGGUCUGCGGAAGCACCGGCGCACGCACACCGGCGAGAAGCCCUACGUGUGCGCCAUCUGCGGCAAGCGCCUGAGCCGCCUGCAGCACCUGAAGCACCACCAGCUCAUCCACACCGGGGAGAGGCCGUGCUGCUGCCCCUUCUGCAACCGCAGCUUCAAGGAGCCGGCGGCGCUGCGCAAACACAUCCGCACGCACCGGGAGGAGGGCGGCCACCUGGGCAUCGGCGUCAGCGAAGAGACGGACCCGGACGCCAUAGACGACAUGAACAACCUCCACCCGGCAGCUCCGUCCCCUCAGAUGAGGUUCGGAGAGUGGGGAGCGGAGGAGGAGGACAGCUCAGUGGCGGACUGUGUGUAGUGGAGCGAUUCAAGAUGAACUGUUGGAUAGUAAUCGUAUCAUAAGGUGUUUUGGGAGUUUGAUCUGAUGAAUACGAUCAUCUCUGUUCCAGGCUGUUAGAAUGAAGACGUAUAACCCUAGACUUUUAAGUUUUGUUUAUAUCUGACAUCUUCCUGUUUUCAUGUCAGCAGCAUGUGUCUUUUUUUCCUUCGGACAUUCAUCAGGCAGCAGCAGCAGCAGAAGUAGCAGCGUACUGGUUUUAAUUAGAGAAGUGGACAGGAUCUGCUUUCUCACUUUAAAAAUAUAACAACACUCAACCUUCGUCUCUGCUGAUGCUGUUAAAGAUCGUCCCUGGAUGUUAGUCAGGAUGAACUGAUUUUAGUCGUGACUUUUUGAAGCUUGAGGUUGUGCUGAGCUGCUUUAAUCCAGGAGACAGGAAUAGAAGCAUAGUGCAGGUUCAUGCUUCAUGUGCAGGAUAAACGGUGCACAUUGUAUUGCUGGGCUUGUAUUUUUUGGGGCUAAACCAAAGCAUACAGUGUUAUCGUCUAAUUCAGUGAUGUGAUGAUUGUGUGGGUCCCUACUACUGGUGCUUAACAAAACAGGAUCCACAACAGAAAGUGACCGACAUCAUCAUGUGUUGAUCAUUCCAGAUCCUUUUCCAGUUCACUCAGCCAGAGCAGCAAUUGUCUCACUUUCAUCCUUUAAGACCAAGAAACCCAGACAUCUUAACUAUUGCAAUAUUAAUAAAAAUGCCACAUGGUAUCUGGCUCCUAUCGUGAUAAAUGGACAAUAUACUAUUGUCUCCCAGCUCUACCUCACUAUCUAUUCUCCACAAUGAUAAAAAUACCACAAGAACACUCUAUUCCCGGUUGAUGGAAGUGGUUAGAUUUGACUACAUUUAUAGCUCUUCCUCUUCAGCUCGGCUCCGUCUCCUCUCUGCUUUUCACUCUGCGGAGCCGUCGUCAGUUACACAAUCCUAAUGCUGAACUUAUCUGUGUCAAGUAUAUCUUUUUUGAAGACACCGUUUAAUUCAGAGCAUUACAUGUUUUAUUCUUCUUUAACCAAACGUGCAGGGUUAUUUUAAAGAGUGAGACGACAACAUCAUUCACACUGUUCCAACAUGGACCAUAUCUUAGCAUUCCUUCUUUUUACAAAUUCAAGCUGCUACUCUGUCUAGAAAACCUCUCGUCUGUAUUUAUAAUUAUUGUUACCAGCCAGUCACUCGUGGUCACUAGCGGACACACUCUGGUGCUUGCAUGUGCAUAUUUGUUUCUCCGCUGGUGACGAUGCCUCCUGGGUGUUAAUGUAAAUAAGAAUAUAGUUUUAGGCAUUUUAUCCAGUUUAUUAAUAAGGAGGUGGACGUUUGUGGAAAAGUGGAUGUGCAACAUUUUUAUUUGUUUUCAUGUACCGUGCUUUUAAACCAUCAUUAUGCUAACAUGAUGUAAAUAUAUCUUUUCAAAUAUCUUACUGAUGUUGUCCCUGAUGUUCUGAUCCAACGCAACAAAGGCAUCAGGUUUAACAACAGACGGAUCCUCUCAGCCCUCUGAGCUGUUCUCUAGGUCUCUCGUGUCAUUUGCCAUGUAUACUACUCUAAUGAUCUCUAUGUACAUCUACAAGUGUAACUCGUUCCACAAGGCACUCGAAAUGUAAAAUAUAAGUCACUGUAUACCAAGGACACGAUUUGCAGAUUAACAUAGUGCCAGUUGAUCAUAUUUAUUAUUUUUAGUGUUACAAACAAGGGGGUUUUGCAUGUAGGUUUAAAUUAAAAUGGCAUUCUUCCUUAACAGAUCGUUAAAUGUGAAAAAUGAAUUACUUUUUUAAGCCGCUGUGUUCAAAACAUAUUCCUACAAUUCACAUCCAUCCUGUUACCAACUGUAAAUGUGACUAUAUUAAAGGGCCUUGUUUGUA